AGUCUUACUGAAAUAUACAAUUGACUCUUGCACAUGGACAUAUACUUUGGUAAUAGUAGCUAUAAGUAACAUAAGAACUCGUAAAUAGCAAAAACCACUCUCGUAGCUCUUGUCUGAAAAUGAGGAAUUUCUACACCCAAGGUGCGCUAUUGCUUGUUUUCGCAGUAAUAGUAAACGCUCGUGCUGCAAGUUCUUGCCAAGGACACACGAAUGUACAAGACAAUUUCUGUUGGCCAGGCCAAACAUGCAUGCCUACACAUCAAGAUAUACUGGAUUUUGCCGCCUCUCUUGACGGAGACAUUAUCACACCCACGGACGAAAGAUACCCGAACGUCACAAUAAUGAUAAACACGCGCGUAACGAUGUUUCCUUACGUCGUCGUUAUGGCAGAAAGCGUUGAUGACGUCAUCAAAACGGUAAAAUUCGCGAACAAAUUCAAUGUCAAGCUUACGAUACGUUCCUCUGGGCACGACUACAUCGGACGGUCCACGGGUGAUGGCACUUUGCAGUUAAACCUCGAGAAAAUGAAGGGUUUGGAAGUCAAACUAAACUCGACAAGAAACGCCGACGGGGAGUUGAAGGCUCAAAGCGGGAACGCCUGGAUGCGCGUCUACACCGAGCUCAACAAGUUCAACCGUACGGUCAUUGGCGGCUCCUCGCCCACCGUGGCUAUUGGCGGCUUCACGUUGGGUGGUGGACACUCCCCUAUUGGCCGAAAGUUCGGACUCGCCAUCGACAAUCUCCUUGAGGUAGAGAUGGUAACGGCCAACGGGUCCCUCGUGUACGCAACGGAAACAGAGACUGUGCAUGUCGAUCCAGACACCGGCGCACGGAGCAUAUCUCAAGAUACCGAUAUAUUCUGGGCUCUCAGAGGCGGCGGCGGUGCAACGUUUGGGAUUGUGACGGCGUUCACGUACAAAAUACACAAGGACUCGCGUAUGGUAAGACUUGCAUGUAUUUCGGCCUUCAAAGACGCGAAUGGCAAUGACGUGGGCAGACUUUUCUUAAAGACAUUUAACGACCUUCUCUCUACGACAUUAGCUCCAGAAUGGGGAGGAUACCAAAUUCUCUCAGCAAAAGGAAGUCCUAUCUAUCACACACCAAGUGGUGUUUUUCUAUACCUGAACCACUUUGGCGAAUGGGGAUCACCUUCGUUUCACACGAUUGAUCCUUUCCUGAACAAAUAUCGAGGGCAGUGUCAGCUUGAUAAUAGGACGGAUUUUUUGGACUACGAGAAAGACACAAAGGACGCUCUUUAUACGAACAGUUACGUUUUUAGCACCUUUAUGCAACCUGGGGGAUUCACUGACGAUUUUUAUGAUUUCACAUACGAUAUGUUGCUGGCUAACCAUUCUGGACUUCCAAUUGAGAUGGGCUGUACCGGGACUCUGAUAGGAGGUCACAUGAACGACGUACAACCGGAUACGACAGCUAUGAAUCCAAGCAUGCGCACAGGGGUCAUGUGUUUGACUUGUGGAGGAACUUGGGAUCCGGAAAAGGCAGGGCUCCAGCCAGAGGAGGAUUUAGCCGCGCAGUUUGGCGACCGUCUAUUGACGUACGGACAGGGGACCUACUUUAACGAACCCUCGGCGCACCUCCCGAACUGGAAGACGGACUACUGGGGUGGACACUACGACCGACUUCUGUCCAUAAAGCGUCAGUGGGACCCGGACCAUGUGUUCACGUGUCUCCACUGCGUGGGCUCCGACAUGAACCGCCCGUUCGCACAGACGCCUCAACAGUCACCUGCCCUCGUUGGAUAAUGAGGCUGAGACUUGAAGUUAUUUUGACGGCGUUACAGGAAGUCAGAAUUUUAGGUAGAUGUUGGAAAUGCGCAAGUAAGUAAAAGGAAUAAACUUCUGCAUUUCGCUUAAACAAUGCAUUUACCUACGUUUAUUUCAGAAUUUCUCAAAUAAAAUUCAUAGUUUGGUCAAAAUAAUUGAAUUUUAUGAAUUGCUCAAUUCAACCAUUUUCAGUUUCGAUAUAUCUAACACAAGAUUCAGUCCUGUAGCAUCACGUUCCCACGCAUGUACAGCCUGUGCAGAUGCGCGCGGUAAAUUUGAAGCUGAUUCCCUGUUCAUCAUUGAGUAGGAGUGCUUGAGUCUCGGCUGUCUUAAUAUUCAUUCGCUAUUUAGACAAUACACAGUAUGUUAUUCGCGUUUUAAAGGGGAAAACACAUUGUGAAUGAGUCCCUUUAAGCAUGUCACGCAAUAGUAUUUAAACAUAUCAACUUAUUUGAUUACACGUUUUGUAGAUCAUCAUCAAUUUAAGAUGAAAUAACGCAAUUAAGGAUAUCUAAUUUUGUCCUUCAUGUUGGUUUUCAUAAGUGAAUCAUAUUAGGUAAGAACUGACCAUGUUAAUUUACACAAAUCUCCAGCUUUAAGCAUCAGAUAAUACAAAUCCAAUACUUUUAUGUAAUAGGAUGCGUCCUCUGUUACUAUCGAGUGGACGUUGAACAUCUAACGGCGCAGUAAUAACUUAUAUUAAGCUCAACAAUUCAUUAUCGAUCAAUUAUCCCAAAUCAAAAUUACAUGAAAAACAGGGCAUACAUAAUGGAAAACAAUGUUUGGACAUUUUGUUGAAAAGAAAACGUGAACAUGUUUCGGUUAUGCAAAGUCAUGACAUCCUUGAAAGGAUUGUAUAAAAGACGGUCCACAGGUUCACUAACAAACACAUCGAAACUCGCACACAGUGACGUUCUUUAACACUAUUGGUACUAACAGUUUUGUCAGUUAACGUCGAACUGCACCAAGCGUCGAAAUGAACAAUCUACUGUUAACUCUACUCAUCUUUGGAUGUCUGACGUUUGCCAUGAUGCCAGAGGCGGAAGCCCAAAGAGGUAAAUGUGUUUGAAAGAAAAUGUGCAUGGUUUCUUCUUAUUUCGUUCUCAAUGUGUGUUUUGUUCGUUAGAAAUACGUUUAGUCAAGAAAGCUGCUUUGUUUAAUAAGAUUAUAGUCCAUGCUUUGAGCCAAAGCUUCAUUGCACGGCUUUGACGUGAACAUAAAUAAGUCAUACAAACCAAAUGGACGGACAUGAAAGGUCAAGGAAAGUAUCAUCAAUAAUGAUACAGUUUACAGUUUUAAUGGUCCAAUUUUAGAGGAAAAAAAUCGGGUCUGAAAAAAAUCGGUCUCAUUAGUGGGUUGGUCGUGAAAACGAGGUGGUCGCAUAUAGGGGUUUUACUGAACAUUAGCAUUCACAUAGCGCACUGCUCUGGCACCGUUCAUGUAUGGACAUUUAGAUUCAUUCACGAUGUCUGUUACGAGUUCAAUUAAAGGACUGCGCGCUCAAAUUUGGCUACAUAAUGAAAUGGCCUCACCAUAUGUAUCACAAUUUCAAGUAUAUUUGUAUGCAGUGGAUGAUAUGAUUAGGAGUUAGAAAAGACCACAACAUUAUCAGUAUUUAAAUAUAAUUCGGUUUUUAGGAACGUAGUGAGAUACAAGAAUCUCCGGGUGCAAGUUCUUUAAAGUGCAAAUGUAAAACACCGAUACACGAGAAACACGAGAAACAAGACAACCUUUCUGGGUUCUCUAAAUGUUCAGUAUUACCAUCCAAUGUCGAGCGCCCGGACAAGAGUGCCACUGGUUUUACUUUUUAACGUCCUUUGGUAUGACGUCGCGUAUUCUGCCUUUUACCACCGAGCUUUAGAGGCAGUACGAUGGUUGAAGCUUUCACACUGAAAACAUGAACUAACGUAUUGAUUACUAAACACUAGGGAUGCAAACG